UUGAUGUCAAAAAGUUACACAAGCGCGACAUGAGGCUUCAUAACAGGACGGUGUGACACCUGUAGACGAGGCUACACGACUGCUCUCAUCACCUGAACCCACCGGUUACACCUGUAGAGACUGAGCUGUCUUUUAUUUCACGAAAAUAUCACAGACAUCCAGUCCGUGGGGAGACACUGGACAGACCCGUCCACGCCUUCUCUCUGUGGACAACAACCGCGAAGGAAACACGGUGGUGACGUUAUGUUAACGUGUUUGUCUCGGUAGCAUAUAACAAACAAAUAACCCACGGUCAUUAUCUGUGUGUGUGUGUGUGUGUGUGUGUGUGUGGACCACAGCCGUGUAAACCGCCCACAGUGGGGGGACAGUCGUGACCUCAAGUCUUCACCUAUCACCAAAAAUACACCAGCCAUGGAGUUGAGUUCAGUGAUUUUAACCACCGGGAGCUCCGUGGGAUUUUUCAAACUUGUCAACAUCGCGGUGGACAAUGUGCCCAUGCCUGAAUCUGCCCGCAGGAAUGCGUGGAAGUGGAGAAACAUCUCGACAUCCUUCGUGCAUAGUUUCAUCACUGCGAUUUGGGCAGUGCUCUGCUUCUUCCUCCACCCACAGAUGGCGGAGGACUUGAUAGAAACUCACUCUGUGUUUUCCCACAGUUUGGUGUCGUUUUCGAUUGGUUACUUCAUCUAUGACUUCUUUGACAUGAUCACGAACCAGAAGCUGAGCCAGGCCUGGGAGCUUCUCUUCCAUCACAUUGUGGUGAUCACCUGUUUCGGACUCUCUGUGCUGUCCUACCGCUACGUGGGCUUUGCCGUGGUGGCCCUGCUGGUGGAGAUAAACUCUGUGUUCCUCCACCUCAGGCAAAUGCUGCGUAUGGCCAGCAACACCAAAGGCACGCAGUACCGGGUCAACAGCAUUAUCAACCUGGGCACGUACGUGGUGUUCCGCAUCAACACGCUGGCCUGGAUGACCCGCUGGCUGGUGCUCAACAGGGACAAGGUGCCCCUCCUAGCCUACACACUGGGCAGCGUGGGUAUGGCCAUCAUGACAGCCAUGAAUAUUGUCCUGUUUUAUCGGCUACUCAGGAGCGACUUUUUGAAGAGCAGCACUCGGGAGACCAAGAAAGAGAAGGAGAUGUAGAGAGGAGGGGACGCAAGAAGGAUUAUAAUUCACAAACACACUCUCUAAUGUAUGUUGACGCCCUGUGGCUGAGAUUUGGUACUUGUGUGUAAUAUACUCAAAGCUUUAUCUCUCAUACUCUACAGGUACAUGCACACAAGGUGCAGUCAAAUGGUCUUACUUCAAACACAAGUCACACACAGCCAUUGUGUUAAAGCUACAUUUAGCUGUAGUUUUAACUUUAGGCUCGUGUACGUGUGUGUGGUCCAGUCAUCCUUAAGCACCAUUAGUGACUCACUAAUGGUAGAUCCUGGGAUUCUUCAUAUAUACAAUGUAAGGCCUUGCAAAAUGACACCAAACGCUUUAUUUCCCACAGGGUGUUUCAGCUACAUCUGUUCUAUUUACUCUAAGUGAAGACGCACUGUUUGUAGAACGAACCUACCCACGCUCCUGUAUGUUGCCAUAUCAAACAUAGGAACAAGUACGAAUAUCUUAAGAAUAUCUUUUUAAUCAUGUAUAUUUACAUACACUAUUGUGGGCUAUUUAAACUCUCACAUGACGUUUAUACACCUCUGAGCUAAAACAAAAAAAAACAGUGAACUCAAAACUCUUUCAGCAUAGCAGAGGUGAAUAUCUCUCCUCUUUUCCAACAAAUCUCAACUCAGAAAAACACCCGCUACCUCAGAAAGCUCGUAACUAUUCUUUGCCUCUCUCUGACACAGGCUGCGGUGUCAGUGUUCAGCAGGUUCUUUGUUAUAAGAGCAGGAAAACGUAAAGAUAAAAAUCAUAUUGAAGAAUUAUGUUUGUAAGAAUAUACAGCAAAUGCUAAUCCUCACUUAAAGGAAUACUUCACCCACAAAAUGACCAACUGUAUCCUAAUUUCGCACCACAUGUUACCUUGAAUUAGUGAAGAAAACUUCUGUUUUUUCUGGCAUGCCUCCAUGGUGAACGGAGAAUCCAAAAAACUUCAAAAAAAUUCAGAAUAAACUGAAGUCAUAAGGGUCCACUUUCAAAAACGGCAAAACUAUAUCAACACUCAGUUACCCCCCCUUUGUUCUGUUGAAUUCAUCGAGAAAAUUUUGCGUUUCUCGUCUGCAGAAGAAUCCAAAAACGGAGAAAAUUCUUGAUAAAUUAAGGUCUUAGGGGUCCGCCUUUAACAACAGCAAAAAUAUAUCAGAACAACUGUUUACAAACUCAGUCACUCCCCCUUGUUGUGUUGAAUUCAUCAAGAAAGUUUUGUUUUUCUUGUAUGCCGAAGAAUCCAAAAAACUGAGAAAAUUCUUGAUAAAUUAAAGUCAUAGGGGUCCAUGUUUAAUUGCAGCAAAUCUAUAUAAAAAAUCUGUUUACAAACUCUCACACAACUCAUGCAGUAUAAUCCAAGCAUCAUUCAGCCAGUCUUACACUAAGUUCUUCCUCUUCUUUUUGGUCUGUCACUAAAACCUUAAUAUUUAAAACACUUUCACAUAAGCGUUCUCACACACAGACAGUUAACACCCUUGGGCUAGUGUGUGCAUUUAAACUCUGCUCGAUGGCAUGAGCAGAGUUCAAAUGCAUGCCCGUGCCUAGGUGCGCUACCCAUAUGCAGAAGUGUUUUAAAUAAUAAUGUCUUAAUGAAAAUGCACGUUCGGGAAAUAAUGAAGAUACGGCUGUAUAAAUAAGACUUGUAUCGUACAGGUCAUAUGAGAGUUAAACAGAUGUUGUUAUAUAGAUUUGCUGUUGUUAAACUAGGACCCUUAUUACUUCAAUACAUCAAGAUUUUUUUUCCAUUUUUGGAUUCUUCAGCGUACGAGAAAAACAAAACUUUACUGGUGAACUCAACAGAACAAAGGGGAGUAACUGAUGUACAAAUGAUCCUUUUUUGGGUGAAGUAUUCCUUUAAAGAGUGAAUAGGUUAAUAGGGUGGUGGGUUAAUGAAUACCUUGAAGACGCAUGUAAAUAAAACACCAGGUUUUUACGUUGAUGCCGAAGCAGAACAGCGUGAUAUUUUGUAGCGUAACAGUUGUGGCCAUUUUGUGUUUUGCCAAGUUGUAUUAAAUUAUCAAGGAGAAAAAACAGCUUGUGCCCCUCAGAUUAGAAACUGUGCUGGUCCUUGUGUCAGUAAAUCUUAGAGGAACAAAACAAAAUCAAGUACAUUCUGACGUAAUUGGCUCGUGGAUCAAUUUCAAGCCAUCACCACUGACAUCUGCUUACAUCAGCUUUCAGUAAUGGAUGGCACAGCUGUCCGCCGUAUUUGCGAGUACUCUGGAAACCUGUCAAAUGACAGAAAAGCAAAACAAGCUAAAUGACAGACAGCGCUGCCGUACAAAGUUACAUUUAUCUUUUUAUGGUCUGUAUAUACUCUUGUAGUGGUCUGUGAUGGUUUAUAGUGUGCAGCAGCUCAGAUGUUAUUCUUCAUUUGGCCUUCGGAGGACAGCACACUCCUCAACAUCACCUCACUGAUCAGCCAGAGGUGUCUUUAUUUUGCCUCCUGCCUUUCAAUUUGAAAUUGCCAAUAAGCACGGAGAGAUGCGGAGAAAUUCUUGAGGUCAGUGUUGGAACAAACAGGUCUGAGAUCUGUGAAUACAACUGUUAUACACACACGGCUGCCUACUUCUACCACCCACAUCAUAGCAAUACAGUCCUCGCACGGCAUGGAAAUACUUGAUGCCAUUUAUGUUUUGCUUUAUUUUUUGUGCGUGUAUAAUUUGUGGGGUUAAGUUGUGUAUAUUUGUAAUUUAUUUGACCUAAAAAGAAGUUGUGGAUUAAAGAUAAAAUGAACACAGU